UUUCAAAUCUAUUUUCUUUUAUAUGUAAUAAGUCAAAUUGUCUUCACUGACGUUGAAUAAAAAUGGGAAAAAAACAACACCAGAAAGACAAGUUGUACCUCACAACAACAGAGUGGAGUUUGUUUUAUGGAGGCAAGAAGCCAACAGCUGAAUCAGGGGAGAGUUCAAAAUUCAGGAGGCUUCCAUUUUCCUGUUGCAGUUUGAGUUUGCAGCCAUUCGAGAAGCCUUACUGCACAGUGGAUGGUCACAUAUUUGAACUCCUAAACAUAUUGUCUUUCUUGAAGCAAUACGGCAUCAACCCAAUCACCGGAGAGAAACUGUUGAGGAAGGAUCUCAUCAAAUUGAACUUCUGCAAGAAUUCAUCAGACCAGUUUCACUGCCCAGUAACAUUCAAAGUCUUCAACGAGAACACCCACAUUGUUGCCAUCAGAACUACAGGCAAUGUCUUCUGCUUUGAUGCUAUUGAGAAGUUGAACAUCAAGGUGAAUUACUGGAAGGACCUGCUGACUGAUGAACCAUUCACACGCAAGGACAUCAUCACCAUUCAAGACCCAAGCAACUUGGAUAAGUUCAACUUCUCGAGCUUCUUACACAUCAAGAAAAAUCUUAAAGUUCUCAGUGAAGAGGAGUUGCGGGCGUCGAAGGAUCCAACGUUCCACCUGAAGAACAUCAACAACGAAACGAAGCAGGUCCUCGAAGAACUCAACACCACUUAUAAAGUCUCUACCACUGACAGCACAUCUCAAGUGAAACCGAAAGCAGAUAGUGUUAAUGCUGCCCACUAUUCAACAGGCAGAGUAGCAGCUUCCUUCACCUCCACAACAAUCGAUCCAGUCACUCGACUCGAACCCGCCAUAAUUGACGAAGACACGCUGAGGUACUCGCGCAUCAAGAAGAAGGCCUACAUACAACUGGUCACCUCCCAUGGUAACAUCAACAUCGAACUUCAUUCCGAUCAGGUGCCAAAGACAUGUGAGAACUUUCUGAAGCACUGCUUGAACGGCUACUACAAUGGUACCAUCUUCCAUCGAUCCAUCAAAAACUUCAUGAUCCAGGGAGGCGAUCCAGACAACACAGGAUUCGGUGGCCAGUCGAUAUGGGGUGGUCCGUUCAAGGAUGAGUUCAAAUCCAACCUGACUCACACAGGUAGAGGUAUUGUCAGCAUGGCCAACUCAGGUCCUAAUUCCAACAAGUCUCAAUUCUUCCUGACAUACCGAUCAGCACGUCACCUGGACAACAAGCACUCAGUCUUUGGACACGUGGUUGGUGGCAUGGAGACGCUGGACAAGAUGGAAAAGAUCAAAACUGAUGAUAAGGACAGACCACUGGAGAAGAUAUGCAUUGAGCAUUGCAACGUCUUCUACGAUCCGUACGACGAAGUUGAUAAGCAGUUGGCAAUGGAACGGGAAGAUGCAAAUGUGAAGAAGUUGAAGGAAGAUGAUGAGAUGAGGAGGAAGAAGCUGGAUGACAAAACAGCAAACAAGCAGACGUUAAAAGUUUUCAGUUCAGGAGUGGGCAAGUACAUCAACCCCAAGUUAAGCAAACAAAUUCAAGAGAUAGAUCCUGAAGAACCUAGGAGAAAAAAAUUUAAACCUGUCGCAAAUCACAUGGAUUUUAGUUCUUGGUGAUUAUUGCUACUUUGGUGAUUACUGUUACUUUUUACACAGUUGUUUUAUAUGUCAGCAUAUUUAAUUAAUUGAUUGAACGAUUCAUUUUGAGAAAUAAACGCUAGCAGUGUUUUAUUAACAAUAAA